GGAGGCGAGAGGGGGAGCGGGCGGACACGGACACGAGCGGGCGGACACGGACACGAGCGGCCCGCCCCUUCCGUCCCGCCGCGCCGCCAUGUCCUUGUGCCGGGCCGGGCUGGCUCGGGCCGCCCGGGGCCGCCUGCGGAGCCUCGCGGGGCCGGGGGCAAGAAUUCAUACCAGCUGCAAGCAGAACUUGCAGUAUGGCUGGCUGGCUUAUAUGCUGGGAGACAGAGCUUCAAGGAAGUUCACUGAAUACAGCAAAGUCUUUACAGUGGAGGGAAACUUAUCUUCUGGGAAGGGCAAGCUAGCACAACAGAUAGCAGAGAAACUGGGAAUGAAAUACUUCCCAGAAGCAGACAUCCAUUAUCUAGACCGAAUCACAGGAGAUGGAACACUGCUGCCUGAGAAGUUUAAUGGUUUCUGUAACCUGCAGAGGUUUUACAAUGAUCCCAAGUGCCCUGAUGGACACUCUUACCGGCUGCAGGCUUGGCUGUUUGGUAACCGUGUCCUGCAGUACGCGGACGCCUUGGAGCAUCUGCUGGCCACAGGACAAGGUGUGGUGAUAGAGCGCUCUCCUUACAGCGACUUUGUGUUCCUGGAGGCAAUGUUCAAACAAGGCUACAUCCACAAGAGAUGUGUUGACCACUACAAGGAGAUCAAAGAGAUCAGCAUGUCUGAAUUCCUGCCGCCCCACUUGGUCAUUUAUAUAGAUGUGCCCGUUUCAGAGGUGCAGAAGAGGAUUCAAGAGAAAGGGGAGCCAUAUGAGAAAAAGGUGUCUCCUUCCUAUCUCCAGAACAUUGAGGAUGCUUACAAGAAGACCUUCUUACCAGAGAUCAGUGAGACCAGUGAAGUUCUGCAGUACACAGCAGCUGAGGCAGAGGAUGUGGAGAAGGUACUUGAAGACAUUGAGUACCUGAAGUUUGACAAGGGGCCGUGGCUGGAGCAGGAUGAUGUUUCUUUCCAUCAGUUGAGACUUUACGUGCAGGAGAAGGAUGGAGUGCUGGAUGCUCAGGCCAUCCCUCGCUACAUCCCAGAAAUCACCAUCGGAGGCACAGAAUAUGACAAAAUCUUCUACGAGUAUCGAUCGCUCCCUGGUCGCAAUUUCAGGCCAGGCUACAAUGCUGAUGUUGGUGACAAGUGGAUCUGGCUGAAAUGAGACCUGUUCCCUUUGGAGCCCUGACCGUGAUGGACCACAGGACUUGAAGAAGCAGCAGAGUUCAGUGUGCCUGCUCCUCAUGGAUUGUGUGACAUGAAGAAAAUGCUGGUUAAAUCAUCUGCCAGAUACUGCAUCAGAGAAAAGAAUCCUAGAAGGGAAAUCACUUGGUUCUGGUUUGUUCUUCCCUGGUGAAUUCAGUCUUUGGAUGUUGGAUAGUCAAAGUGUGAUGGCAAAGUCAUCUGCUAUUACGGGGCAGACUUAAGAUCAGUGCUGAACUUUCUCUUCAUCGAGACUGUGGCAUGUUAUUAUACAGGAUUAUUGUGUAGUUGCAUCAGAAGAAAUUAAAGCUGUAUUCUCCUGACUCUCACAAAGUUAAUUUCUUGCUCUGUCAUGCAUGGUGUUUUAUUAGUUUCAUUAGAAGAGUGCACAAGCUAAAAAAAACCCAACACACAUCGUGUUCUGAAAGCCUCUUACUGGACAUCAGCAUCACAGCAGGCAAGCAUCAAAAAGUUCCUUGAGAGAAGGAUAUAAAAGUUGAUCUCAAUUUAAGCAGCAAAAUGUCUGUGCUUAAAAGUAUUAAAGAAAAUAUUCAAAAUA